GUGCCACCCGCGGAGAUGAAAUGUGAGUCGGGGUGGCCGAGGACGCCGAGGCCGCCCGCCCGCUGGCCGAGCGCGACCAGGAGAGACAAAGAGACCUCGGCCAGCCUGGGCUCCCCUCGAAGGCUCCCAGGGUAAUGGCCAGGUCUCCGCGCGCCCCCCUUCUCGGGAGCGCGUCCCUGUUCCUCUGACCGCCCACCAGCCCCUCCACCCCUCCAUCCCCUCCCCGUUCCGGGUUCUCCCUGCACUCCCAGCCUCCGGCCACCGGCUUGGAUGGACGCGCGCAGGCUGCCCGGGUGCCCAGUGGUUUUGCUUCCGAAGUUGGUCUUGCUCUUUGUCUACGCAGACAACUGCCUUGCUCAGUGCGGCAAAGACUGCAGAUCUUAUUGCUGUGAUGGAACCACGCCCUACUGCUGCUCCUACUAUGCCUAUAUUGGGAAUAUCCUCUCGGGCACAGCAAUUGCUGGCAUAGUGUUUGGAAUUGUAUUCAUCAUGGGGGUCAUUGCUGGAAUUGCCAUAUGUAUCUGCAUGUGCAUGAAAAACAAUCGUGGGACCCGGGUGGGCGUCAUCAGGACCACCCACAUCAAUGCCAUCUCCUCCUAUCCUGUGGCACCACCCCCCUAUAGUUACGACCAUGAGCUGGAAUACUGUGCAGACUUGCCUCCUCCGUACUCCCCGACCCCUCAGGCUUCAGCGCAGCGCUCUCCACCCCCUCCUUAUCCUGGAAAUUCAAGGAAAUAAUCCUUCUCCCAGAACAGAAUAUGUGCCAGUCAGAGAUCUUGCCCAGAAUAAAUGCCUCUACUCAGAAACAGAACAUCUCAGAAACAGGAAAAGAUUGCUCUAAGGAAUACCCUUUGGGGUCAAAUACUAUGUCAGGUGGAAUGUCCAGGCUAAGAGAUACAGGGCUUCUCCCCUACAGAGCUGACCCCAUCUGGAGUAUUUUGUUGGUUCAGUGGAACCACAUUUGAAGAGCUCUGCUGAUCAAUGGAAGCACAUUCAGAGAAGAGUAAUGAGAUAAACAAAACAUCUGAAAAUCAUGUUGCUUAAGGAACAGAUGAAGGAAGUUGCAAUAUUGAUCCUGGAAGAGAGAAGAUUUAUAUAA